CAUCAAGAUGUCGCGCGGCGGGACCACUCUCUACGUUACUGGCUUUGGACCCGGCACACGCGCUCGCGACCUAGCAUACGAAUUCGAACGAUAUGGUCGCCUCGUUCGUUGUGACAUCCCAGCACCUCGAACUGCUGCCAGUCGUCUGUUCGCCUUCGUUGAGUAUGAGAGUCGCCGUGAUGCGGAUGAUGCGUAUCACGAAAUGCAUAACAAGCGUCUCGACCGUGACGACGUCUUGAAGAUUGAGUGGGCCAGAACUCCUCCCUCUGCAUCUUGGCGCUUUGAUACCGGCCGUGAGCGCGACCGUCCAACUGGACGUCGUUCUCCUCGCAGUCGCCGCUCUCCAUCUCCUCGACGUGGCCGAGGUAACUUCUCUCCUCGCAAGGAUGACCGCCGGGACCGUGACCGAGACUACGAUCGUCGAGACCGAGGCGACCGCUCCCGCAGUCCUGAUGACAGGGACCGUGAUAUCAAGGACGAGCGAGACCGUGAUCGUGAGGAAGUUCGAGAGAACGGCACCAACGGCGAAGAUAGGAAAGUUGCCAUGGAUUCUCCUCCUCCUGCGCACGAUGAAUUAGACACAGCUGAGUAGGGACAUCGCUGAGUAAACAGCUCGUCUAUUAUUCGAGGCGUACGCGCGACGGAAAAAAAGUUGAUUGUGCUAAGGGCUGCUGGUAUUUUCUUCUCUUCAUGCCUGAUUUUACAACUGUGUUUCUAGAUUCAUUCCCCCUAGGCCUUCGAUUCGAUUCGGACGAGUAACUUGGCGGUAGAAGUGGUGAACUUCAAGACCUUUCCCUCCUGCGGUAGUCCCAUAAUAAUUCCGUAGCAUAGCAAUACCAAGAUUGAGAUCCCCUUCCACAGGUCACAUUACGCAGUCU